UUUACAUUUGGGCUUAUUGUACAAGAGAUGUUCCCGGAGGAGUAUUUUGAAGGUAUGAUCUCCUCAGUUGUUCUAGGAAAGCUAUAUAUAGUUUCAUUUAAGUUUGUUUCGAUUUGGUAUAUGGUGUCUGCAGACUCCAAACAAAACCCUCAAAGCUAGUGGCUUCAAAGUUGCAGUAGUAACACCAAAGCACAGUAAUGGUGAUUUGAAAGAAGAUGUUAGUAAUGACAAGGUAGAAGAAAUGGAGAGAAAAGAGCAGAAAGUUGAAAUGGGGGAAGAAGAAAAAAGAGAGAAGAAGAGGCAGAAAAGAUUAAGAUUGAGGGAAAGAAAGAGGGCUGCUGCAACAGUUGCAAGGGAUGGUUUUUCACUCAACACUGCUAAUCAAGAGUUCAACAAAGAGGACCAAGAUGAAAUGAAGAAGAUAGAAACAGCCGAGAACCAGAGUCAACCUUCUUCUUCAAUCAAGCUUGUGGAAGAUCAAGAUGAAAUAGAAACACCUGAGUACCAAAGCGAACCUACUUCUUCGCUCAACAUGCAGCAACAAUUGCCAUGCUCAAGCUCAAAGAAGCAUCAAAGAGAGAAAAGAGAAGGAACAAGAAGAAGGCAAAGGCAAAGGUAAAGGCAAAGACAGAAACUCCGAGAGACAAGAAGAUGAAGUGGAUUUUCAUCACCCUAAU